GGGCCCGUUCACUAGGGCAGUCGGGGCGGCAGGAGGCAGGGCGGGAGCGCCAUGCAGCUUGGAGCUCCUCACCUCCAUUGGACGUGUGUGCCUCCCUUCUGCAGCGGCAGGACGCUCGCUCCCCGCCCGGCCGGCCGGCACCUGCAGCUCGGGCCGCACCCCCACCCGCACCCUCCACGCACCCCCUCCUCCGGGCUUGGCAGCAGGUGCCUUCUCCCCGGAGAUCGCUUCGCAUUAACUUUCCCACCGGACAUAAUAAUGGAGAGAAAAUGAAGAGAUCCCAUUAGCGGCUGGCUGGCUGGCUGGCUGGAGGGCGGCCGGGCGGCCGGGCGCAGGGUCCGGGCGCCCGAGCCCGAGCCCGAGCCCGAACCCGAACCGAGCGGAGGGAGCCUGUAUUUUUAGCCAGAUGCCGCGUAACUUGCUGGCGCUCCCAGCGCCGCGGAGCAGAUAACGGGGGAGGGGGAGCAGGGAGCCGGGCUCGGAUUUCAGCGCGGGCGCCGGACGAUGGCAGCGAGACAGGGCAGGUCCGGUCCAGACUCUGCGGCCGAUGCGGCUACCAGCUUUCUGAGAGCAGCAAGAUCGGGUAACUUGGACAAAGCUUUGGAUCACCUGCGGAAUGGCGUAGACAUUAACACCUGUAACCAGAAUGGGCUGAACGGCUUGCACCUGGCCUCUAAAGAAGGCCAUGUGAAGAUGGUGGUUGAACUUCUGCACAAAGAAAUCAUUCUAGAAACGACAACCAAGAAAGGGAACACAGCUCUGCACAUCGCCGCCCUCGCAGGUCAGGAUGAGGUGGUCCGGGAGCUGGUCAACUAUGGCGCCAAUGUCAACGCCCAGUCGCAGAAAGGCUUUACACCCUUGUACAUGGCAGCACAAGAGAAUCACUUGGAAGUGGUUAAGUUUUUACUGGAAAAUGGAGCUAAUCAGAAUGUAGCCACAGAAGACGGCUUCACUCCUCUAGCCGUGGCUCUGCAGCAAGGCCAUGAGAACGUGGUGGCACACCUCAUCAACUACGGGACAAAGGGCAAGGUGCGCCUCCCUGCCCUGCACAUCGCAGCCCGUAAUGAUGACACCCGGACAGCUGCGGUGCUUCUGCAGAAUGACCCCAACCCGGACGUGCUUUCCAAGACGGGAUUCACCCCCCUCCACAUCGCAGCUCACUACGAGAACCUCAACGUGGCCCAGUUACUCCUCAACAGGGGCGCCAGUGUCAACUUCACGCCACAGAACGGCAUCACGCCACUGCACAUCGCCUCCCGCAGGGGGAACGUGAUCAUGGUGCGGCUCCUGCUAGACCGCGGGGCCCAGAUAGAAACAAGGACCAAGGAUGAAUUGACACCUCUCCACUGUGCAGCUCGGAAUGGGCACGUGCGAAUCUCAGAGAUCCUGCUGGACCACGGGGCACCCAUCCAAGCUAAAACCAAGAAUGGCCUGUCUCCAAUUCACAUGGCGGCUCAGGGAGACCACCUUGACUGUGUCCGACUUCUGUUGCAAUACAACGCAGAGAUAGACGACAUCACCCUGGACCACCUGACCCCACUCCACGUGGCAGCCCACUGCGGCCAUCACAGAGUAGCCAAGGUCCUUUUGGAUAAAGGAGCCAAACCAAAUUCCAGAGCCCUGAAUGGCUUUACCCCCUUGCAUAUCGCCUGCAAGAAGAACCACAUCCGUGUCAUGGAGCUGCUGCUGAAGACGGGAGCUUCGAUUGAUGCUGUCACCGAGUCUGGCUUGACACCUCUCCACGUGGCCUCCUUCAUGGGGCACCUGCCCAUUGUGAAGAACCUCUUGCAGCGGGGGGCAUCACCCAAUGUCUCCAACGUGAAAGUGGAGACCCCACUGCACAUGGCAGCCAGAGCUGGGCACACGGAAGUGGCCAAAUAUUUGCUCCAGAACAAAGCCAAAGUCAAUGCCAAGGCCAAGGAUGACCAGACCCCACUUCACUGUGCAGCUCGCAUUGGCCACACAAACAUGGUGAAGCUCCUGCUGGAAAAUAACGCCAAUCCCAACCUGGCCACGACCGCUGGGCACACCCCCCUGCACAUUGCAGCCCGAGAGGGCCAUGUGGAAACAGUCCUGGCCCUCCUGGAAAAGGAAGCGUCCCAGGCAUGCAUGACCAAGAAAGGAUUUACCCCUCUCCAUGUGGCUGCCAAGUAUGGGAAGGUUAGGGUGGCCGAGGUGCUGCUGGAACGGGACGCACAUCCAAAUGCUGCUGGAAAACAGAAUGGCUUGACCCCUCUGCACGUGGCCGUCCAUCACAACCACCUGGACAUCGUCAGGCUGCUGCUUCCCCGGGGCGGCUCCCCACACAGCCCCGCUUGGAAUGGCUACACCCCUCUGCACAUUGCUGCCAAGCAGAACCAGAUUGAGGUGGCCCGCAGUCUGCUGCAGUACGGGGGGUCAGCAAAUGCAGAGUCGGUGCAAGGUGUGACACCCCUUCACCUGGCCGCCCAAGAGGGUCACGCAGAGAUGGUGGCUCUGCUACUUUCGAAACAAGCCAAUGGCAAUCUGGGGAACAAGAGCGGACUCACCCCCCUCCAUCUGGUAGCACAAGAAGGCCACGUUCCAGUGGCAGAUGUGCUGAUCAAACACGGUGUCAUGGUGGAUGCCACCACCCGGAUGGGUUAUACCCCACUCCACGUGGCCAGUCAUUAUGGAAAUAUCAAGCUGGUAAAGUUUCUGCUACAGCACCAGGCAGAUGUCAAUGCCAAGACGAAGCAAGGAUACAGUCCCUUGCACCAGGCGGCCCAACAGGGACAUACAGACAUCGUGACACUGCUUCUCAAAAAUGGUGCUUCCCCAAAUGAGGUCAGCUCGAAUGGAACCACACCUCUGGCAAUAGCCAAGCGCUUAGGCUACAUCUCUGUAACAGACGUGCUCAAGGUUGUCACGGAUGAAACCAGUUUUGUGUUAGCCAGUGACAAGCACCGGUUGAGUUUCCCUGAGACGGUAGAUGAGAUCCUGGAUGUCUCUGAAGAUGAAGGGGAAGAACUCGUCUCCAAGGCUGAGAAACAGGAUUCCAGGGAUAUCGAUGAAGAGAAGGAGCUGCUGGAUUUUGUGCCGAAGCUAGACCAAGUGGUGGAAUCUCCAGCCAUCCCGAGGAUCCCAUGUGUCACACCUGAGACAGUGGUGAUUAGAUCUGAGGAGCCAGAACAGGCGUCUAAGGAGUAUGAUGAAGACUCACUCAUCCCCAGCAGCCCGGCCACAGAGACCUCAGACAACAUCAGCCCAGUGGCCAGCCCCGUCCACACAGGGUUUUUGGUGAGCUUCAUGGUGGAUGCCCGGGGAGGCUCCAUGAGGGGGAGCCGUCACAAUGGCCUGAGGGUGGUGAUCCCGCCCCGGACAUGUGCCGCCCCUACUCGUAUCACCUGCCGCCUGGUCAAGCCCCAGAAGCUGAGCACGCCGCCCCCACUGGCCGAGGAGGAGGGCCUUGCCAGCAGGAUCAUCGCGCUGGGACCCGCCGGGGCCCAGUUCUUAAGCCCUGUGAUCGUGGAGAUCCCCCACUUUGCCUCCCAAGGCCGUGGGGACCGUGAACUCGUGGUGCUGCGCAGUGAAAACGGCUCCGUGUGGAAGGAACACAAGAGCCGCUAUGGAGAAAGCUACCUGGAUCAGAUCCUCAAUGGGAUGGACGAAGAGCUGGGGAGUCUGGAGGAGCUGGAGAAGAAGAGGGUCUGCCGCAUCAUCACCACCGACUUCCCCUUGUAUUUCGUGAUCAUGUCACGGCUCUGCCAGGACUACGACACCAUCGGCCCUGAAGGGGGCUUUCUGAAGAGCAAGCUGGUCCCCCUGGUGCAGGCAACGUUCCCAGAAAACGCUGUCACCAAGAGAGUGAAGCUGGCUCUGCAGGCCCAGCCUGUACCAGAUGAGCUUGUCACCAAACUCCUGGGCAACCAGGCCACGUUCAGCCCCAUCGUCACCGUGGAGCCACGGCGCCGGAAGUUCUAUCGCCCCAUUGGCCUUCGGAUCCCACUCCCUCCUUCCUGGACGGACAACCCGAGGGACAGCGGGGAGGGGGACACCACCAGUCUGCGCCUACUCUGCAGUGUCACUGGAGGAACAGACCAAGCCCAGUGGGAAGACAUAACGGGGACGACCAAGCUCGUGUAUGCCAACGAGUGUGCCGCCUUCACCACCAACGUCUCUGCCAGGUUUUGGCUGUCAGACUGUCCUCGCACUGCUGAAGCUGUGAACUUCGCCACCCUGCUGUACAAGGAGCUCACUGCGGUGCCCUACAUGGCCAAGUUCGUCAUUUUUGCCAAGAUGAAUGACCCCCGGGAAGGGCGUCUGCGCUGCUACUGCAUGACAGACGAUAAAGUGGACAAGACCCUGGAGCAGCAUGAGAACUUCAUUGAGGUGGCUCGGAGCAGGGACAUAGAGGUUUUGGAAGGAAUGCCCCUUUUCGCGGAACUCUUUGGGAACCUGGUGCCCGUCAAAAAAGCUGCCCAGCAACGGAGUUUCCUCUUCCAGUCGUUUCGGGAGAACCGUUUGGCCAUACCUGUAAAGGUGAGGGACAGCAGUCGAGAACCAGCAGGGUCCUUGUCAUUUCUGCGCAAGGCGAUGAAGUAUGAGGACACCCAGCACAUUCUCUGUCACCUGAACAUCACCAUGCCCCCCUGUACCAAGGGGAGCGGAGCUGAUGACAGGAAGAGGACGUUGACUCCCCUGGCCCUGAGAUACAGCAUUCUCAGCGAAUCGUCACUGGGUUUUCUCAGUGGGACCGACCGAGCAGAUAUGAAGAUGGCUAUUAUAUCAGAGCACCUUGGCCUCAGCUGGGCGGAGCUGGCUCGGGAGCUUCAGUUCAGCGUGGAAGACAUCAACAGGAUCCGUGUGGAAAACCCCAACUCCUUGCUGGAGCAGAGUGCAGCCUUGUUGAAUCUCUGGGUCACCCGCGAAGGCAAAAAUGCAAAGAUGGACAAUCUGUAUGCAGCCCUGCGCAACAUUGACCGGAGUGAGAUCGUGAACAUGCUGGAGGGCUCUGGCAGACAGAGCCGCAAUCUGAAACCCGACCGGAGACACAGGGACCGGGACUACUCUUCGUCACCCUCCCAGAUGAAUGGUUACUCCUCGCUGCAGGACGAGCUGCUGUCCCCUGCCUCCCUGCAGUACGCACUUCCCUCUCCGCUGCGUGCAGACCAGUACUGGAACGAGGUGGCCGUCAUAGAUGCCAUCCCAUUGGCGGCCACGGAGCAUGACACCAUGCUGGAGAUGUCUGACAUGCAGGUGUGGUCUGCGGGCCUCACACCCUCCCUGGUCACUGCUGAGGACUCCUCUCUGGAGUGCAGCAAGGCCGAGGACUCUGACGCCACCGGCCAUGAGUGGAAGCUGGAAGGGGUGCUCUCCGAGGGACCCCAGGGCCCCAUGCUGGGCUCUCUGGACCUUGUGGAGGAUGACACAGUGGAUUCAGAUGCCACAAAUGGCCUUAUCGAUUUGCUUGACCAGGAAGAAGGUCAGAGGUCAGAAGAGAAGCUGCCAGGUCAUAAGAGUCAGGAGGACUCCACAGGUGUAGGUCAAGACUCAGAGAAUGAAGUGUCUCUUGUUUCAGGCCAGCAGAGGGUGCAAGCCCACAUCACAGAAUCCCCCAGCGUGAGUCGGGUGAUGGAGACCAGCCAGGACAGAUUGCAGGACUGGGAGGAAGAAGGCUCCAUUGUCUCAUACCUACAAGAUGCUGCACAAAGUUCCUGGCAAGAGGAGGUCGUACGUGGCCCACACUCAUUCCAGAGUACGGUCACCACUAUCAAAGAGCUGGAGCCCAGUGGGUCUCAGGAGUAUGAGAAGGUCCUGAUGUCUGCAACUGAGCACAUUUGGGAGGAGCAACCAGAGGCUGAGAGCCUGCAGGCCGACAGGGAACGGAGACGACAAAGCCACCAGGAGUGGGUGCAGGAGGCUCGGAGCACUUUCUCCCAGAUGGCAGAGGGGAAUGAGUUUCAGAGUAUUCCAGGGGAGCAGGUGACAGAGGAACAGUUCACAGAUGAGCAGGGCAACAUUGUCACCAAGAAGAUCAUUCGCAAAGUUGUUCGGCAGAUAGACUCAUCUGGUGCUGAUGACACCCAGGAGCAUGAGGAGGUGAUUGCUGAUGGGCCCCUGGAGAACCCUAGUGAGAUGGAAGCUGAUAUUGAUUACUUUAUGACACAUGCCAAGGAUCACACCUCGACACCCAACCCUUGAACUUCACACACACUCUGCCAUGCACACAAGAGGAGAGCUGGAGCAGAGGGCUGCAGGAGUGGCGCACUGUUCCUCUAGGCUAACGGCAUGAUCUCUGUAAGGGACUUCCUUUAGUCUCCUAUUCGCAUGAACGGCCGACUGUAGACGCAUGACCUACAGUCCUCAAUCCUGCCUCUAGCAACGAUGGAUCUCUGUUGGGAAUCAGGACAAAUGCCUCAAGAAGGGGGGGAGAGAGAGAGAGUGAUAGAAAACGAGCUCGAGAGAGCACAUGAACGCAAAAGUGAACAAGGGCUCUUUUGUGGCUGGGGAUGAUAUAUAUUUUUAAAUCAUUUUAAUUUUGACUUGUUACAGGGUACUUUUUUUUUUCAACCUUAUCUGUAGGAAAUCCAUGUGGGCUUCCUGGAAAGAAAAAAAAAAAAAGGCACAAAAUCAGUUUGGCACCUUAAUCCCAUGUCCCCACCUGCCAGCCUUCCCCACCGCCACACACCUCCAUUCCAUUUGUGACGUCCCCUCCGCCUCCCCAGGGGGCCGCUCCUCCCAGAAAGCUCUAUAUGACAUUCAGGACACACACAUAGGCACACGCACACACGCACACAAGCACCUCUUCCCUCUCCUCAGUAUACACACAGAUUUUACUGUGACGUCCGAAGCUGUAUAGACUCUCCUGUGGAUAAACUGGAAUUUUUUUUAUGUUGUCUCUCUCUCUCUCUCUGCCAGUCUCAGUAUUAAUCAUCUUCCAAUGGAAAAUCAUUAAUUUAAGAGUGCAUUCAGGGUUCCUUGUGUUAGGGACUUAAGAAUCAGAGGCGAGGACCCCCAGGCUUAGCUGUAGGGCUCACAGGGAGCCAGUGCCCCAUCUGCAAGGGUCUUCUCUCUCAGCUGGGGGCGGGCCGGUGGCUGUCCCAGGAUUGCACCAGCAUGUUCAAUAGAGAGGAGGUUUUCUAUAUCUUCAAGCACUUAUAUCAUAGUCUGUGUUCAAAGUGUAAACUGUACAGUAAUCAGCCUUGUGUAUAUGAAAAACAAUAAAUACUAUGCAAACCAAUAGAAACACUUUAGCAGUAUGUACAAAGCACUAACAGCUCAGCUCCUGAGGACUUCUCCAGGCUGCAGGAGAAGGAGCUACAGCCUGUCUUUCAGUGAAAGAGGAAGGGAGUAGGGCUAGUUGAAUGUAUCUGCCAGUUCUUAGAAGUCAGCCACCACCCCCAAGGUCUCCCAGAGCCAACUUGGUGCUCUAAGUCCAGGCAGCCCACAGGAUGGGGGGCCUAGGCCGGACAGCCUCAGUGCCCCCACUCUGACCAAGCCCCUCUGCCCCACUCGGAGAGGUGGGCGAGGGGCCCACUCCUGACCACAGGCCCAGGGGGAGGAGAGCCGGAGGAGGAGAGAGCAGCUGGCCACCUGGAGGCCCCGGGCUAGAACGGAGCCCCUAGGUCAGAGCAGGAAGGAAGCAGACAGCUGGCUGUUCCUCGCCUCGGUGCCACCAGGGAAGAGCCUUAAAGAUACACUAGAGCCUCUGGCAGAGCGAGGCCCGAAUCAGCACAAUCCGCCCCGCCCUGCGCGGCGGGCGCCCUCUAGGGCCCGGAGAGAGACUGGCAGGCUCUUCUCGCUCAGAAGAGCCUUUGUUUGUGGACGUCCUGUCACCUUCCUCCCUGCCUCUCCUCUGAGGUGUCCUCAGACACAUCAAACCUUCCAAGUAGCACAGAAGCUCCCUCACGACCGAGCCCCCACGGCCCUGGUGCCUGUCACCAGCGCACAGGUCUCCCGGCGGAGGCCGCAGGCCCCACGCGCCCGGGGCCGGCCGAGGCGCUCCGCUUGGACCGGGCGGCUUGCGCUUUGCUUUCGGAAGGGGGGGUGGGGGGCGGCCCGGGCGCAGGGGGCGCCAAGCGUGCUCCGAGGGCUGUGUCCCGGGAGGCGCGGCCCCGGCCCCCCCACGCCUUUCGACCCCGCGGCAGGGCGCAGGAGCGCGGCGCUUCUCCGCGUCGGCCGGGCGCCCGCCCGCCCCGGGAAGACAGGCGCAGGGCUCGCCUCCCGUCCUCGAUCCCGCGCCGUCCCCCGCAGGCCGCCGUCCCCCGUCCCCCGCCCCCCGUGGCCCCUCGUAGAGCCCAGCGUGGGCCCCGCGGCUCCAGGCUAUGCUUUGGCACCUUCCGCUGCGUCUGGCAUGGCUGCUUGGCCCGCCGGCCCCAGGCCCUCGGCGGCAUGGCUGCGCGCUCCAGUUGCUAGUAGGAGCUGUUAGGGGAGGAGUUUGGGGUCUCCACACGAUGCCUAGAGAAUGCUGCAGUCUGCACAUUAGACGCUUUUUAGAAGUUUUGGAAUUACCUUGAUUUUUUUAAUUGUUAUGAAAAUGACUCUUUUCUUGAUUCCCUCCCAAAUGCUCUGUUAUGGGGAGAGAACCCCCCCCCCCCUCUGAUGUAUAGACCAUUCUCCCUACACCAGCUGAACAAAUGUCAAAAUUAAUAAAGAAAUUGACUCAUG